AUGGCUUGUGGAUCGCUUGCCUACCGACCACGUCACGAUCUGGACACAAACCUGACGAAGUUCGGCUUCCUGGUCUAUGCCGGAACCAUUCGUGACGUUCACGAAUGGGAGUUCCGAGCUAUGAACCGGUGGAAGCAGACACAGGUUGACUCGGAGCUCGCUUCCAAGUUUCUCGACUCCUUAAGGACCGAGGCGUACAUCAUCGCCGAAGAUCUGGGGACAGACAAGGUCGUGGAGGCAGUAAGGCAGAGACUCUUUCCUCUUGGUGAGCAGGAGUCGAAAGAGAUGCACCGCCUCGGCACGCAGGACGCCGAAGCAUCUCUGAUCAAAAUGCACAAUCGCAUCCACACUUUGGACGACGAAGGGGCGGCCUACCUGGGCGGAAUGGAGGAACCAGACGACUGGGUGUACCACGGGGACGAGGUUCACAUGGACGACAAGGAAGACGACACCGAACUGGUGGCCCAGACAGCCGGCGCUGCCCUAAAAGACGUCGAGCUGGACGUCUUCUCUUCCCUCCUCUGCUCCGAGGGGUUCGAUGAGAACGACCGCGAAAGCUUAGCCUUGCAGAGCGAGACGGCCGCCCGCAUGGCGCGAAGCAAGGCUAAGGGCAAGGGCAAGCCUGUGAGCUUUGAAGGAGCGCACGGAUGUCGCCCGAGGGCCACUGGUCUGGCGACAAGGAAGGUCCGGCAAAAGGCGACGGCGAACUAUGUCAGCCUGGGGCAGGACUCUGAGACAGAGCCUGCGGCGUACGUGCGUGCAACAUCCACGGAAUGGGAUACUGUAAAGUACCCAGAAAGAGUUUCGGUUCGGGAUGCACAAGGGAAGCAUGCAUGGCUUAUCUGGGUGAAUCGGAACUUUGAUGUUCCUGCUUGUCGGCGGGGGAAGACCGACGCUCCGAGCAGCUACGUCGUGGAGGCGGACUCGCUCCAGAAGGCGAGGCGAGUGGAGAAGGCCAAAGGCUGCACCGAUGACGGACCCGAGCGCGUGCAGUUUGAGGAGUACAUUUUUACCAAGUUUGAGGCACGAGACGUGGUGAAGAGGUUCUUCAAGCAUAUGGGGUGCGAUGAGAACGACCGCGAAAGCUUAGCCUUUCUUGCGCACGUCGCGCAGAGCGAGACGGAGCACUGGCCUGACGAUACCAGUAGAAGACCGCAAGACCCGUGGCAGGAAGGGCCACUGGCGACUCGUGUGAUCGACAAGUCCAGCGACCUUUCAGGCACUCCCAGCCUCUUCGCGAGCGAGGGCGAGAGUCAGAGCUUCAAGCCUGAGGCGGAGUCCGACGAAGAGCCCGUCGACGACUUUGCGUCGCAAGGUGCAACCUCCACGGAAUGGGAUACUGUAAAGUACCCAGAAAGAGUUUCGGUUCGGGAUGCACAAGGGAAGCACGCAUGGCUUAUCUGGGUGACUUGUCGGUGGGAGAAGACCGACGCUCAGAGCAGCUACGCCGUGGAGGCGGACUCGCUCCAGAAGGCGAGGCGAGCGGUGACCCGUGAGAAGGCCAAAGGCUGUACUGAGACGACGAGGAACGUCACGAAGAUCCAUGUGGACAACAGGAGGCACCCGGGAGAUCCAUUAACGGACUUUGACAAAACGCAGAUGAAGAGCAUCGCUGGUUCUUGGGCUUGGUUUGCAAACAAUGCAGACCGUGGGGCCGUUGCGGACAUCAAGGAUGCCAACAACGCGGUUGAGUAUGCUAUUGGCACGUGCGACAGAGGACUUGUGUUCAAGACUGGUUUGUUGGACUGGAAGACCCCAGGAGCUUUGAUGAACUUGGUGGUCACGGACACCGGAGCCAGGGAGCUAGGAGCUAGGAUGGUGUUUCUUACUGAUGGCGCCCUGUGGAAGCGGGACAAGGGUGUGGAGGACGGUGACGUGCUGAGAGCAGCUAUCACCGACAUCUUCGGAUGUCUCGAUAUGAAAAGGUGUGAAGCUACGUCGGCCAAGUUCGUGAAGGAGAUCUGGAUGACAGACUGUAAGGCCGGAGCGAAUGCUGGUGACCCUUUCUACGACGACUACACGCCAGGGGAUGAUCAGUUGACUGACAUCGUCAGAUGGAUUGACACUGACGUCAUGAUUGCCGAUCCAUUCACAAAGGUCAUGGAACUUACCACGUUGGUAGCGGCCUUGAGAACUAACAUGCUGGACGUGGAGCAACCGUUCGAGGGUGUAGUGGAAAAGCGUGCAAAGCAGCUUCGAAGACGGUCGACGAGGAAGGUACAGGACGACGAGUAG